AUGCUUUGGUUCAUUGCUGUGCAUUCUUUCCUCCUAGCCAGCGCUGGGCAGACGACAGCGACUGCUCUUGCCCUUCUCGGAACGACGAGCCAGCAUUCCCAUCACAAUAAUAGAACAACACCGAUCAUCAACAAGAGGCAGGGAACUGCCAUUAUCACAAAGUACUUUACAAUCUUCGGCAGCGGUGAUGCCACGAAUAUACGGACUGCCAACCCUGGGUUUGACAUACGAGUCGAUCUUUUACACGACAUAUGGGGAUUUUGCCCAACCAGUGUCAUUGCUGCAACCGAUUGUGGCUUGGCAGGCAGCUGUGUUGACAGAUUCCGCUGCACCAAGGGUUGCGGCUUUCCUAAUGGACAAUUGACAACGUUUACCUGGUAA